UGCCUGUAGUUGGCGCUCGAACUUGCUCAUGGCAUCAUUUAUGCAACGAAUUACGAACUGCGCUUGGAAUUCUAGGUUUAGUUUCAGCCCCUUUGCUCCGUUGUUUUUUGUCACACUUCUUCGGGUGCUUUUCUUGAAUUGUAUCCCCCCCCCAAAAAAUAUAUAUUCCUUGGUCCUCAGUGGCUACGGUCGGAAAUGCACUUAACAUGUGUGUCUACGUCUCCGAGGAAUUCGUAGCCAAGUAACUAGAUCGAUCCACUUCACGUACGUACCUCCGGGCCGUGCGCAUCGACGUAUAGUGCGUAUGAUAUGUACGAACGAAAAUAACACGUUUUUAUGAUCUUGUCCCCGCCGCGCCGCCUCGCUACUUCGUUCAUCAUCGUUGUUAAAUGCAAGCUACUUAAAACUUAAACCAGCCACAGGGCGCCAGCCUAGGCUUAGGUCUAGCUGCGGCUAGGUCUAUUAUUCGUGCGUCUCCACGUAUUUCCAAUGGGAUGAAGACCUAGCCCGAGCUAGCUCUAGACAACACAGCUUUGGAUGCAGUGAAAAUGGAGAAGGGGAUGAUUCUGGAAGAACAGUUCCUUGUGGAUAAUGAUGAAAAUGCUUCAAGCAGCUCUGUUAGUGAGUCAGAAUCAGAUGGUGAAGAAAAGUCGAAGGGAAAGGAGAGCAUUGAGCCAAGUGCUGAUGAGCUAAAUGCCAGAGAGCAUCGCCAUCGCAGUAAAAAACGCCACAAACACCAUCGCCACCAUCACCGGAAGAAGCACCGGAAACACUCCAGCGAGCGAGAUGACCACCGACAUUCACGCCGCCACAAGCACAAACAUAAGAAGUCGUCACGCAGCAGCAGCAAGUCCAGCAGCCGUCCUGAUGGGAGGCGGAGAGCGCACAAGCGGGAGGGCGUGGUCCCGUACACAGCAGAGGAGGAAGGGGAGGAAGAGGAGGACGGAGAGGACACUGCCGCCCUGGCCGACCUGGAGAAGCAGAAGGAGCUCUUACAGGCUGAGCUCUUGAACGACCUCGGCCUGAACAAUGAGGAGGAACUCAAGCAAGCCUCUGGCAUGGCCAUCAUUGCCAAAGGCUACGUGUCGUCAGACGAGGAAGGUCAGGUAUCAGAGGGGGACACCCGAGCUACGGAAAACUCCAAACAGCAAGAGGACUCGGAUGAUGAUGUGGUCAUCGUCCAAGAAAUACGGGGGAGCACAAGGAGACAUUCUAAACGAGGCGCACGGUCAAAGUCGCCAGAAGUUGACCGAAAGAGAAACAGCACUGAUAGGUCAAAAGACUCAAGGAGGAGGAGGAGCAUCAGCCGUGAUCGCUCUCUGAAAAAGAGCCACUCUCGCUCGUCCCCGAGCACUUCGCCAAGGAGACAGAGGGACAAAACUGACACGUCCUCAGAUCGGGUGAAGAGAAGCGAGCAGUCCUCUAGCAGGCGGAUCUCAAAGAGAUCCCGAAGUAGAUCCCGGGACAGAAAGCAGUUGGCCUCUCCCAUAGAGGUGGAUAAGCCAAGCUCCAAGAGGAGUCAGUCUCCGAGGAGAAGCAAAUCACCAAAAAGGCGCAGGAGCAGGUCACCAAGAACAUCCCCAAGGCAGAAGAGUCGAAGUCGGUCGCCUCGAAGGAAACCAAAACUUGUAAUAUCUCUGGAAAGUCUACGCCAGCAAAGCCCCCGCAGGUCCCCUUCCCCGCGACGCAGCAGCAGGGGCCGCAGCAAGUCCCCCAGCCGUGUCAGGCCAUUCGGCCGUUCCUCAACAGACCGCAACCACUCCCCACCGGCCCGCCGGCGCAGCCGAACGCCCCAGCGGCUACGGUCGCCCAUUCGCAUUCGCUCACCGACGAGAGAAGAACUUGCAGAGAGGAGGCGGAGGAGGUCACGCUCCCCAGAUCUGAGACGACGAGACAGAGACAGGGACAGGGAGAGCAGGCGAGACCGAGAUAGGGGGAGAGAUCGAGACAGGGACCGAGACCGGCGUCGCGACCGGAGACGUGGCCGUGGAAAUCGAACACCGGAUGACAAAUUUAAGGGAAGUCUUUCUGAGGGACUAACAAUGAAGGACGACUCUUCUGAUGAAGAGUUGCAGGAUGUUGAUCUCCAAGAUGAAGAAGAUGAAGAGACCAUCAUCGAGAGAAGACGCAAACAGCGCCAGGAACUUCUGAAGAAACUGAGAGCCCCAGUAGCCCCAACCGCCACUGAGCUCGGUGUACCAACUCCAGAUGAGUCCAUCACCAGCUCGGGCAUGAACACCCCAAGUAGUCAGAAAGAGACUGAGGAGUCUUCAUCGUCAUCGUCAUCAUCGUCUGACAAUGACAGCAGUGACGAUGAUGACAGUGACAGCGAGGAGGAAGAGGACCAGGAAGCGGCAGACCAGGGAGGGGCAGAAGGGAAGAUUAUUGAUGGGAUGCAAACACUUCCUGAUCCAGAGGGGGUGUUAAGAGACAUUCCAGUUCCAGUUGGAGGCGCUGAAAGGGUUAGCGAGAGCAAAUUAUCAGAGACAGUCCAGAGGCAAGACAAAGCGUCCGUUGUCAAGGUGAACAUGGAGGAAAAGGAGCAUUCGUCAGCCACCAAAACAGAAACAAAAGCUCAAGCCAAGAACGGGAUGGACAUGUUUAGUGAAAAGGACAUGUUUGGAGAUAAUUAUGACAGUCCCACUGUUGAGAAGCUUGGGCACACUGGCCAUGAGAAUCCAAGCUUGACAGACAACUGGGAUGAUGCCGAAGGCUAUUAUCGUGUUCGCAUCGGUGAGCAGUUGGACAAGCGCUACAAUGUAUAUGGCUAUACUGGCCAAGGCGUGUUCAGCAACGUGAUUAGGGCGCGAGAUUCAGCACGGACGCAGCAAGAUGUGGCCAUCAAAAUCAUCAGGAACAACGAACUCAUGCACAAGACGGGUCUGAAAGAGUUGGAGUACUUGAAGAGACUCAACGAUACAGACAGGGAAGACAAGUUCCACUGUGUUCGUCUCUUCAGACAUUUCUUCCAUCGCAACCAUCUCUGUCUCGUCUUUGAGCCCCUCAGUAUGAACCUACGUGAAGUGUUGAGACGUUAUGGUAAAGACCAUGGCCUCAACAUCAAAGCUGUGCAUUCCUAUACCUGUCAGCUCUUUAUGGCCCUGAAACUCUUGAAGCGGUGCAGCAUACUCCACGCCGACAUCAAACCAGACAACAUCUUGGUGAAUGAAUCCAAGGCCAUUCUCAAGCUGUGCGAUUUUGGCUCGGCAUGCCACGUAGGUGAGGCGGACAUCACUCCGUACUUGGUCAGCCGCUUCUACCGGGCGCCAGAAAUAAUCAUCGGUAUGACCUACGACUACGCCAUUGAUCUCUGGAGCACGGCCUGUACCAUCUUCGAGCUGUACACGGACAAGAUCCUGUUCCCCGGCAAGUCCAACAACCAGAUGCUGAAGCUGAUGAUGGACCUGAAGGGCAGGAUGCCCAACAAGAUGAUCAAGAAGGGGAUGCUGAAGGACGGCCACUUUGACGGCAGCUUCAACUUCAAGUACAUUGAGGUGGACAAAGUCACCGAGAGGGAGAAGGUGACCACCUACAGCGCGAUCAACCCAGGCCGGGACCUGAUGGGGGACCUGGUGGGGGUGGGCCGGCCCGACCGCAAGCUGACCCAGCUCAAGGACCUGCUGGAGAAGUGUCUGACGCUGGACCCCAGCAAGCGCAUCCAGAUCAAGGAGGCCCUGCACCACCCCUUCAUCCAGGAAAAGAUAUGAUGGGGGCCCGGAAAAGAGCAGGCAUACGAGUGCCGGAACAGUAACCAAGACAGGCAGGUCCAUUCAAAACCGUCAGUUACAUAUUGAAAAGAAAACUGUACCACAGACUCACUGUCUGAAAUUAGUUCCACUGCCAAAUGGUAAACUGUUUAUCACUAAUAGUACUUGAGACCGAUAAAGGUGGUGAUUUAUUUAUUCAUUCUAGCAUGGCGUAAUGUUCUAUUGUGCUUUGGGCUGGAGAUCUCACACCCAUUGAGUAUAGAUCUCAGUUUGGGGGAUUACAGUCUCUAUCGGCUUCAAGACUCACCACCAUGAAAACCAUAUUAUUCAGGCUGCUUGAAAUCACAGGUUAUCCGUUGUGGUUUACAGUGAAAACAAACUGUUGAAUCUUAACAGUUAACAGACAUCCUGAAAAUGCCUAAGUCUUCUAAUUCUCGUCAGAACGGCACAGCCUCACUCAGUGUUCUGAGUUUGGAUUAAAACGAUCGGUGAGAGAUAUUUUUUAAAAAGAAGUAGUGUUUUCAUUUUGUUGUUGUUUCAAUCUGGUUAAUGAAAACUUCGUGAAUGAUGUGUAUGCAUAACAACAACGGAAGUGAAAGGUUUCCCGUUCUUUUUGAACGUUUCUCUGUGAAUGUAGUUCUUGUGUUUUUGUUCAAAGUAAAUGACACGUGUUCAGUGAAACAGCUGCCUGAAGCGUAAAACAGUGGGAGAUUUAUAGAAGAAAAAAUUGGCCAGGGAUUUUGUUUUCCUGGAAAAAAAAGAAAACAGAGGAAAUGAAUUGCUUUCCCUUUGGCAAGAAGAUUAUACCUCAGAAACAAACUUAAACCAUCAUGAAAAUAUGUGCGCUUGAAAGAACAAAAUGAAUUCUUGACACAUUUUUUUCUGUUCUGGCUUUGCAUCCUGUGGCAAAUGUGACAAUUUGUUCAGCUACUUCAGUGGAAAUGAGAGAAACGUGGAAAUAAAUUGCUUGUCGCAUGUUUUUUUUGUAGUAAUGGCAAAGAGUGUAGGGCAAUCACAAAUGCUGAAUGGACUUUUGUAAUGGAAAAUCCUUGUUUCUGGGCUCUGAGCGUAUGGACACUUGACUUGAGAUUGUCAUACAGAAAUCUACAGCAAGGUUUAAUUUCCUCCCUUCUCAUCCUCACAGACGCACUUGUGUUGAUUUGUGGUACUAUACAUCCGGGCAUUUUAUUUUGUGAAAUUAAACACAGCAUUGAUGGAGACUUGGGGUUCCUGAUACCCUCCCAAAAAUGGGUACCCAAAUUCCUUUGUAACCCUUUGUAAAAUGACGAUGUAAUUUCUCAUUCUUCUGUUGCUUGUAAAAAUUAAAACAAGAGCUUCUGUGUCCAAAGAAUACCUCCUAAAAGCUUUCGGAUUAUGUUUAUUUAGUUGAGGUUUGUAGAGAAAUCGUAGGGUUGUAAAUCUGUUAUGUCUUGCUUCUUUUAAGCAUUUUGAUAGAAAUGACAGUUAUACGGGCUCUCCACCACUUGGGUUGUAGGUGGCGCGGCCCAACAAAUUCUGCUUCAGCACUCGGUUAAUAGUGAAUAUUUCCUUAAAUUGCCUAAUUGUGUUGAUCCUUUGAUUUGUGAUGGUUUUUUGUUUUUGUGUGUGAUUUGUUUUGUGUGGGGAAUUACUGCUUGGAGACAGACACAAGAAAUUUGAAAGGAAUGCUCGAGCACUGUUUACAUUUAUGUUGAUGUUAUUGAAUGUAUUAGGCCUACUGAAAUCAAGUGAGGCCAUGUUUAAUUCCUCUGAUUGAGGGUAAUUAAAUGGCUUCUUCAUUACUGAGUUUAGAUGAGAUGCGACUUCUGAUUGGCAGGAUUUCAAAAAAAAAAUUGAAAAUGAAAUCAGGCAUAAAAUGGAAUCAUACAUGUGCAUGUAACCUUUGUUCCCUUAUAAUUUGCAUUUCAUGUUGUGUCUUUGAAUGCCGCACGCAUAAAUUGUUUUUAUUAUAAUGAAUUUUCUUUACAUUCUGUAUCUAAAGAUGUUGUUUCACUUAAUUCGUGCUUGGAAGGCAGAGAUAGUUAUGGUGUUGAGGGUCAGUUAUCCUGUUUCGUCAAUUGCUGGUUUAGUUUUCUCGGAACAUUGUUUUAAUGGAAUGUAGACAUUUAGAGAACGUCAGAUUGUAGCAGGGGAAAUAGACAUUGGCCCCAUUUUGGUUUGGAGCAGUGGAGUAACAAGUGCAGUAUUCGUGGGAGGUACACAGACUAAAAGGAUGGUAGUCCCAAUGGACCCUUCCCACGAAAUAUGCAAAUAAGGCAGGCACAUGCGCAUUACUACCACUUGUUGGCAAAGGUGCUUAAAUCUAUGACGUAACAAUACAAAUCUCUAUAUGUGCGCAACUAUGAGCACAUACACGCCAUUUCCGUGCUGGUAUAGUUUGACAUGAGUGCCAAAGUUAAAGACAAGGAGUUGUUACUUUCCAGCCUCAAGACAUUGAAAACUUCACUUAGUUGCGAGAAAAGCGUGCUGAAGUAUCUGACAAAGGCUGUAAUAUGGUUUUGUUUGAACUUCAAUGCUCCAGGUUAUGGUUAGAGCAGGUCUCCUACACUGCCGACAGUGUUGACGGCCGCGCUUGCCAACCAGUGGUAGUAGUGCACAUGCGCCUGUCUAAUUUGCAUAUUUCAGGGGAAAGGUCCACUGUAUUGUUGACCAAAGAAAUUAAGGACCUCAACUUAAUAUGCAGUUCACUCUACUAAUGACUAUCACCUGUAAUAUCAUGUUGCAUUCUUUGCAAAUUAAGCCUAGCUGUCUCUCUGUUUAGAAAUUCUGAAUUCUUUAUAAGAAUUUUAAACAUUGCUUACUACACAUGCAUCUAAGCUAAGCUAUCUGGCUCAUGUGUUGAAAAGACGUCAAUUGAAGUUGCACUGGUGUAUGUAUGUAUGUCUGUAUGUAUAUAAGCAUGAUAUACAGGGUUUGCUCUGCAUGUUAAGCAGGGAUACAUCGGUUGACAGCUCAAUGCAGAACUGCAAGUGGGCCCGCAAAUAUUGUUUGGUUUUAUGAUUAAUCAGUGUUUUGAUUGAUUGUUUCUUUUUGAUACCCACUUUGUGAAAGUAAAAGCUUUCUUUCAGAUUUUGAGAGCCAGAAACUUCUUCAACUAAAAACUCACAAAAUGUGGGGCAAACAUGCAAAUAGUUUGUGUCUGAUAUGCACAGCUGGAUGCCAUCGAUUUAACAGAUGCUAACAGCAAAAAAAAAUCCUGAACAUGGACUGCUUGCUUUUAAUAUCCUUGAUUAGUCCUCUCAUAAACACUUUGGCAGAAAAGAAAUCGGCCAAAAGAGAAUGGUUAAUCAAUUGAAAAAGUAAAUGAAAACUUGCAGGCUUGGCAACAAGGCAGUUGGUAUUUUGUGAACUGGUUGUAAGUAGGCUGAGUGGCCAAGACCAGUUUUGAAGGCAAGAUCUACCACGGAUGUGGUGACAUAUAAGACGCCAUCAUGACUUUUAUCCCACAACCAGUUGUCAAACGUGUGUGCCGUUAAUUCUUUUUUUCCCCCGUUUGUUCAGAAACAACCAAGCGGUGUUAAAGAUUUGUUGAGUUCUUGUAGAGUUACAGACGGAUGAAUGUAUUAAAAUAGUCACCGACUUAAUCUA